ACGAAGAAAAUAUUGUAUUAAAGAUAUCCCGCCAAAAAAAAUACCGCAAUGGGCCACGCUUUUCCAGUACCCCUCCUCUCGUUCCGUUCCCCUCCCGGCCCGUGCAGCCUUCACAGCCUUCUCCUCCCGUUCCCCUCCCGUCAUCCCGUGCCUCUCUCUCUCUCUCUCUCGGCCCCUCUUUCCUGGCGGCGACGACUGGGCGAGCGGCGCCGCCCUUCGCCGGAUCUUCGUCGGACCCUUCGCCGGCGAUGAGCAUCCAUCAGGCUUCAUAUUUGUCCUUUAUCUGCUACUGAGCAGAUGUGAAGGAUUGAUGCUCCCGUGGAAGAUCCAACAAGGCUAUAAAUUGGUUUAAUCACUACCUUUCUUGAUUCUCGUAUGCUCAGCGAUGCCCCUCCACGCUAAGGAGUCACUUAGAAAGAUGUAUUCAGGUGCAAAGAGCUACUGUGGAGGACUAGUGCCAUCACAUUCAUUUUCAGUUUCUUAUCUUAGUCAUUCUCUGAGAUCCUCAAACAAAGCUUCCAGACAUGCUGUUCCAUUCAAGGCUCGUUCGUUUACGCAAUGUUCGUCUGGGGGCAGUUCUGCUGAUCAAGAGAUUGUUAUCGCUAUGGGAAGCAAUGUGGGGGAUAGAGUCAGUACAUUUGACAGGGCAUUGCAGCUGAUGAAAAGCACAUGCGUGAACAUCACUAGGCAUGCCUGCCUCUAUGAGACUGCCCCUGCUUAUGUGACCGAUCAGCCGCGGUUUCUUAACUCUGCCAUUCGGGGCACAACUAGGCUGGGACCUCACGAGUUGCUUAAGAGACUAAAGGAAAUCGAGAAGGAUAUAGGGCGCACUGGUGGAAUAAGGUAUGGCCCAAGACCAAUCGACUUAGACAUACUUCUAUAUGGUAACUCCAAGAUCAAUAGUGAGACUCUAAUUGUGCCGCAUGAACGCAUCCAUGAGAGGCCAUUUGUUUUAGCACCUCUUGUUGACCUCCUAGGUACAUCCACUGAUGAUGGUAUCGAAACAAGUUGGCACUCUCUCUCAAAGUGCAGUGGCGGGUUCUUUGAAUUAUGGAAUAAACUUGGGGGUGAAUCUAUGAUUGGAACAGAAGGUAUUAAAAGGGUAUUACCUAUUGGGAAUUGUCUGUUGGAUUGGUGUGAGAGAACCCUUGUCAUGGGGGUCCUUAAUCUGACACCAGAUAGCUUUAGUGAUGGAGGUAAAUUUCAACAAGUGGAAGCUGCCAUUUCUCAGGCCAAGUUAUUAAUCUCAGAAGGCGCAGAUAUCAUUGAUAUUGGUGCUCAAUCUACCAGGCCCUUUGCAAAGAGAUUAUCUCCAAACGAAGAGCUUGAGAGGUUGGUUCCUGUACUACAUGAGAUCACAAAAGUUCCCGAGAUGGAGGGCAAGUUGCUCUCAGUGGAUACAUUCUAUGCGGAAGUUGCCACUGAAGCUGUGAAAAGAGGAGUUCACAUGAUCAACGAUGUAUCCGGUGGACAGCUUGACCCAAGAAUUCUUAGAGUGGCAGCUGAACUGGGAGUUCCAUAUGUUACAAUGCACAUGAGGGGAGAUCCAUCAACUAUGCAGAGUGAGCAGAAUUUACAGUAUGGUGAUGUCUGCAAGGAAGUUGCUUCUGAGCUAUAUACACAGGUGAGAGAAGCAGAAUUAUCUGGGAUUCCGUUGUGGAGGAUAGUUCUUGAUCCUGGCAUUGGGUUCUCCAAGAAAUCCGGACAUAACCUUGAAGUAAUUAUGGGCUUGGAAUGUUGUAAUAUUUGCGAUAAUAUGAGCAAUAAUAUUAUUCCACAUAUACAGAGAUAA